CUUCGUUGACUUAAUAUAAAUAGCAACGUUGCCGCCGGAUUUCGUCAGUUUAAAACUAGCAAUCGUAUUUGAAUUAUACCAAAAGUGUUUUGAAAAUGUCUUUCGUACCUUUAUUGUUGCGAGAAUUCUCGAGACCGAUGAGAAUGAUGGAACAACAAUUAAAAUUAAUGGACGAUCUAUUUCGACCAGCGAUCGGUUCGUAUAUCAACCAUCCCCGAUUGAUGGAGCAUUCCGAACAAGACACCGCCUUCGAGGAUAAAGAAAAAUUUCAAAUUCAAUUGAAUUUGCAAGAUUUCAAACCGGAACAAAUAACGAUUAAAACGAUGAACAAUAAUACGAUUCAAAUCGAGGCUAAACACGAGGAAAAACAGGACGAAAACGGAUUCAUUUUGAAGCAUAUUGUUAGAAGAUUCGCCGUACCGAAGGGACACGAUCUCCAGAAGGCUUCUUCGGCUUUGACUUCGGAUGGAUUGCUCGUGAUAACUACACCAAAGAUACCGAAGGAAGAGAAAACUAUACCGAUCACUCACGAACAAACAGAUACGAAUUAAACCCAAAAAAAUUGUAGGUGUUUAUAGAUUUUAGUUUGAAUAAACGUCCAUUUUAUAAUUUUUAGGCGUGUUUGUAUUGUUUAUCUUUUGUAUUAUAUGAUAAAAUAAAAAAAAUCGAGCUA